AAUAUAUAAAAAUAUAAAUUAAAGAUAUUCCAAACAAAAAAUUAUAAUCUUUCAAAGCAUUCCACUUUAAUUUUCAAGUAUUAUAUAAAAUAUAUAAAUGAUAAUAUCAACCCAAAAUAAAAUUAAUUUGUUUUAAACCUUGAGGUUUAAUUUAUACUCUUCAGUUUCAAAAACCUUGAGUUUUAGCACAAAAUAUCUUAAAUUUUGAAUAUAAAUGUAUUUUUGUAAUUUAAUAUUUUUCACAACUUUUAACCACUCAAAAUUUGAUAAACACAAUUAGUUUUUUUAAGUUAACAAUUUACCAUUAAUACCUAAUAAAAGUGCAUUGACAGUAAAAAAAAUCAUUUGAAACAAUUUUUUUUAAAGUAUAGAACCUUUUUAAAAACAGAUAAACCGCUUAAUAUUAAAAUUAUAUAAAUUUCAUAGACAAACAAACCGCGCGUAGCGCAGUAAAACCUCUAGUUAACUUAAAUAUAAAUUUUAUAAUGCUUCUACGCUUGUUAUAUUAUAUGAUUAAGGCUUUGAGUCUUUGACUCUCUGUUAUGGUAUCCGUAUGUUGUCAUUAUCAUUAACUCUUGGGCUCUAAUUAAUUACUAAAAAUAUAUAAACUCUCUUUUCUUGAAUCCUUGUCUAGUUGUGGAAUGCAUGUAUCAAACUCCUUCAUGUCUCAAACUCUAAACAUCACACUCUUGAAUUGAGUUUCUACAAGGUAACAAAAUAUAUAUAUGCUCUAUUGUAUUCGUAUAGUCCAUUCGUUCAAGGUCUAGACCUCACAUUUUUAUUUUUUUUGGCAGAUGGAUUCAACAAGAAGUAUAGACUAGUUUGUGUAGAAACUGCUUGUGGACUUUCAACUUCUUCAAGUGAUGAUGCUAAGGAACGUUCUGCUUCGAUGCGAAAGCUUUGUUUCGUUGUGGUGUUAUGUAUUUUGUUCAUGAGCAUUGAAGUUGUUGGUGGCAUCAAGGCAAAUAGUUUGGCUAUACUAACCAAUGCAACUCAUUUGCUCACUGAUGUUGCUGCUUUUUCUAUCUCAAUGCUCUCCUUGUGGGCUUCUUCUUGGGAAGCCAAUCCGAGGCAGAGUUACGGGUUCUUCAGGAUUGAGAUUUUGGGUGCUCUUGUCUCAAUCCAGCUCAUUUGGUUACUCACUGGGAUCUUGGUCUAUGAAGCCAUAACUAGACUCAUUCAACAGACUAAUGAUGAUGUUGAUGGUUUCUUUAUGGUUCUUGUUGCUGCUUUUGGUUUAGUUGUUAACAUCAUAAUGAUUGUUGUGCUUGGACAUGAUCAUGGUAAUGGCCAUUGUCAUAGUCAUAGUCAUAAUCAUGAGCAUGGUCAUGGCGUGCAUGAUCAUGAUCAUGGUCAUGGAGAUAAUGAUGAGAAAUUGUUGGAGAAACCGAAGGAAGGGAGGAACAUCAAUGUGCAAGGAGCUUAUCUUCAUGUUCUUGGAGAUUUAAUCCAAAGCAUUGGAGUAAUGAUCGGAGGGAGAAUGAUUUGGUAUAACCCUAAAUGGAAAAUAAUUGACCAUAUCUGCACGUUAGUAUUUUCUAUUAUUGUUUUAGGGACAACCCUUCAUUGGAACUCGUUUUUGACAAAAACGAUGCUUCGAAGCAUACUUGAUGUUUUAAUGGAGAGUACACCGAGAGAGAUCGAUGCAAAGCAGCUUGAAAAAGGAUUAAUGGAGAUUGAGGAAGUGGUGUCUGUUCAUGAGCUUCAUAUUUGGGCAAUUACAGUUGGAAAGGUAUUGUUUUCUUGUCAUGUCAAGAUUAAACAAGAAGCUAAUGAUGCUAUGGUGCUUAACAAAGUGACUGAUUAUAUUUGGAGAGAGUAUAGUAUCAGUCACGUUACCAUACAAAUCGAGCGUUAAAAUAACGAAGCAAGUUGAUAUCUCUUAUUUUCUGUCAUUUUCAUCAUCCAAAUUCAAUCUUUCUUUUCGUUUUUUUGCUUAAUCGUGUUCUUUCCUUUACAUUGUUGUUUGAUAUCUCAUUGUUUUUAUUUAUGAAAAAAGUUUUUUUAUUCUUGUCUUAAAAAUGACAGCUAAAAGGACAUGAGGUUAGGUUUUUGUGUUAUGUUACUAUAGAAGAAUCUGAAUCAUUAAGACUUAUCUUUGAUAAUAGGCAAUACCGAAAAGAGUGGGGGCAUGUUUGUCCUGAGAGCAAAUAACCAUAGCUCGUGUGUGACACUAGCAACCAUAUGAGUAUAUUACAGUACACAAUUGAUAACAACAACAAAAAAAGAUUUCAAACUUUCUUUGGAGUUUUAGUCUAGUUGAUAAGGUUUCUAAGGUCUUCGUUAACUAUACAAAGGUUGACUCUUUGUUUCUUUGUUGAGGAUUUUGUGAGACUGGAUAUGAGUUUACCCACUAGGACUGAGAUUGUAGACAUGACUGGGACAUUUUAUAGUACAAACACUGUUUAAUGCCGUAGACGCCAAGGCAUCAGUAAUAGAUAAGAUUCCCUGUUAUUUAAUUAAUAGAGUCAAAUCUUUUUGUUUUAAUUGCUAGUCAAUAUAUUAGACAAAACCCAUACUUAAGAAAUCAUUAGAACAUGAUGGGAGCAUCAUAGAAAUGGAAUGGUGUGGUGUAUAAUGAAAUGAAUGAUGGUAUCUCUCAUAAAGAAUGAUUUGAGUCAUUGAGAUAUAAUGAGAAAGAUGACACAAACCUAAUAGAAGCUCUCUUACCCAUGACUUGUCUCUUUUUUACCUUCUUCUUCUGUGUAAUAUAAGAAUGUCCCCACAAAGUCUUUUGUCUCUACUUCAAGACAAAACUGCCCCCGCCAAUAAUAUCUCCAUCUCUUCUCUGCUCUGCUCAGCCUCACUAACUCUUCUUACAGUAACAAAAAAUAUACAUUUUCUUACCAUUCUAUUUUAUUGCAGCUCCUCUGUUUUCUCCUCUACUAAAGAGUCACUGCUCUAUAUAGAGCUAACAGUUACAAGUCAAGAAAGACUCAGAAUCAGAAGAGAGUACAUGAGUUUCCUCUUCUGCUUCUUUGGUGUUUCUUAGC